AUGACUCAGGAUACCACCCCCACAAAGAAGUGGCGUCGUCUUGUUACGCAGAAGCGCAAGCAGCUGGACGGACAGAUUCCGUCCGAAUGGCGCCUGGGCGCUGAGUUCCUGGCUUUGAUCCCCUCGCACGGCCGCUUGAUUGAGGAUCAUGUCGUACGUCGCAGUGGCAUCCUUUCAAAGGCUGAGCUGGAUAUCACCGAGCGCUAUACCGCUACAGAACUCCUAUUGAAGUUGGCGCAGGGCGAACUGACCUCCUUGGCUGUGACGACGGCAUUCUGUAAGCGGGCAGCCAUUGCGCAGCCAUUGACUUCAUGUUUGACCGAGCACUUCUUCUCCAGGGCCCUUGAGCGCGCACAAUAUCUGGAUGAAUACCUCCUGAGAGAGAAGAAGGUGGUUGGUCCGCUACAUGGUCUUCCUGUUAGUAUCAAGGACAGUUUCUGUCUGGAAGGUGUCCAGACUACGGUUGGAGAACCGGCAACCUCCAACUCGGCAUUGGUGGACAUGCUUCUAAACAUGGGCGCCGUGCUCUAUGCGAAGACGAAUAUCCCACAGACGAUGAUGACAGGUGAUUCCGAGAACAACAUUUUUGGCCGUACCCUGAACCCCCACAAUACCCAUUUGACGGCUGGAGGAUCGAGUGGUGGAGAAGGAGCCCUGGUAGCCUUCCGUGGUUCUGUCCUGGGGGUGGGAACAGACAUUGCGGGCUCAAUUCGCAUUCCAUCGCUUUGUUGUGGCGUGUAUGGCUUCAAGCCUACCACAGACCGCAUUCCCUAUGGUGGCCAAGUACGGGAUAUCGCUAUGGAGGGCAUACCCGGUCUGAAGCCUGCGGCAGGUCCUUUGGCACAUUCUUUGGACGAUAUCGAGUUGUUCAUGUCGACAGUCCUAGACGCCGAACCCUGGAAAUAUGACCCUGCUGCGAGUGCAGCACCUUGGUACAAGCCAUCUACAUCGCCAACUACCCUCACUAUCGGCCUGCUUGCCCUCGCGCAUCCACUGGAUCAUCUCCUCCCUGGAGAUGCCGCGGGCUGUGUUGCGCGGAGCGGGGAAGGCGGCGUGCCAUGGUUGCUCUGA